AUGACUCGAAUAUUGGCCAUAGCCCCCAGGAUUCUUUCAGCCAGACUUCCGGUCCAAGCUUCUCACCUAGUCGGGCCACCGCUGCGAGCAUUCAGUAACUCCGUCGACCAGACGGUGGAGCCGAAGCCGAUCUAUCCGAACCAUGUGCGUCUGAAUCACUUCCAGCGGGGCUUCCUAGCGAUCGGUUUGGCCUUUGCGUCCCUGAACAAUCCGUAUCCAGCGGACAUGAUUGCCGUGCCUUCAGAGACGACUGGGGGCCCGUUUCCGGCCCGGCUGAGGGACCAGAUGUUGGAGGACGAGGGCGGCCGCAGACUCUUGAGAGAUCGCCCAAGGAUUAACACCUCGACCGUCGACCUUGACCUGCUUGAUAAAUUACCCAAGGGAACCUUUGGGAAAGAGUACUGCAGUUGGUUGCGGUGGUGUAACGUCUCGCCUGAUACCAGAAAACCCGUGCGCUUCAUCGAUUCACCCGAAUUGGCGUAUGUGAUGCAAAGAUAUCGUGAAUGUCAUGAUUUUUAUCAUGUGAUAUCGGGGCCAUUCCCAGUGAACAUAUCAGCGGAGAUAGUAGUGAAAUGGGUCGAGUUAGCGAACAUGGGCUUACCGGUAGCAGCGCUCUCGGCAAUCUUUGGUCCACUGCGGCUAAAAUCACAGAGGCGGACGGACUUGUUGAGGCCCUAUGUGCCUUGGGCGCUCCGCAUGGGAAGCAGUUGCAAACCACUGAUCUGUGUUGAAUGGGAGAAGAAUUGGGAAACCCCCAUCAGUCAGCUCAAGCGCUCACUCGGCAUCUCGGAACCUCCUGUUGAUUUCAAACUUUGGAUGGACCUUCAUCGGCAGCAAAAAUCUUAA